AUCAACGGUAACAUAUAUGGUUUGCUCUCGGAAAUAUUUUUGAGUGCUUGAGUGCGCACGCGAGAAGAACUGUCGGCAUUUGAGAAGCGAUCAGCAGAAAUGUAAUUGUUUGUUUUGGGGAUCGAAUCGAGUGGCUGUUAUACUGUUAGAUUGAUGCUACUUUUCCGAGCUGCGGUCCUUUUUUCGCGUUGCUUGGGUCACGGGAAAACAUGUUAGCUUGCCAAACAAAGAAAUCAAUUUAACCGAAAUGUUUCGUACGAUCGGCGGAGAUUUCUGCACUAAUUUUCACCUGGUGUGUUUGUGUGUGCGUGCGUGAGUUCUGUUAUAAAUAGCGAAAGAGAGGAGGAAAAAGCAGAUCGCUUUUUGGGCCAUUAAAAAUGCCGAAAGAAAGUGCGGAGCGGAAUAAAUAAAAAAAAUAUUUGUUUGUGGGCCAACAAAAUAAAUUAGAACAACUCGUAAAUAAGUCGGGCGCCAGAGGAAAUGCUGAAAAAUAAACGAAAAGAAAUAAAAUAAAAUAAAAUUAAAUUCGCAAACGCAGCCGCGCGGAAAUGUGCAAAUUGAUGGAAAAUUAAAAAGGCAAAAAGUAGCGAAUCAAAAAAAAGGAAAAAUUGCAAAAAGAAUUCCUGUUACAAGAAACCAGUUCCUAACUCCCCACCCACCUCCAAUCUUCUCCUUUUUUUCUGGCUGCAUCCGUUUUGAGCGAAAGUUUCUACUCCACUGUGCGAAAUGUGUGCAAACAAGUUGGCCAGCUGUUCGCCCAGCGGAGAGGAUGGAGUGGCCAAGAUGGGGAAAUGCGGAAAAAUCUAGCCAAUUAAUUGUGCCGUGAAAGUGUGCGCCAAGUCAAUGUCUAUAAUAAAUACAAUUUUUUACAAUUUGCAGUCCGGUGCCUUUUGUGCGCUUCCAUUCGACUCGAUUCGUUUCAACUCGAUUGAAAGCAACUUUGCGAUCAAAAAACUAACAAAAACGGAAAGUCUCGCCUUGCAAUUGGACUUGAAUGGCUCUAAAGGCCUUUUUUUUGCACCCGGACUCGAGAGUUUACAACGAAAAGUUGCAGAGAAACGAGCUACGGCAAAUAUCAACAGCUGGGAAAAGCAAAUCAUAAGUAAACACUGAGGACAGGACCAGACAACCGCACAGGACGGGGGAUAAACGUGGUAGUUGCCAUGAGAGCAGCCUCGGGUGUUGACCAGGAGUGAAAGGAUCUGGGAAAAGUGGACCGCAGCCACAGCAGCAGCAAUAGCAACAGCGCAACAGCUGCUGCAGCAAUCCAAACAGCUGCUACAUCCAAGAGCAACGAGCAACGAGGAGCAUCGAGCAACUGGGAACAACGAGGGCAACAAUAAGAGCCGCCAGAGACAACACCCGCAAUCAAAUCAAAUUCAAAGAUGCAAAUUGCAAUUUGCAUACGAAUGCAUGCGCACCAGACGAGCAACAUCACCACAAACAGCAGCACAAAUAACAAAAGCCUCGCAAAUUGUUGUCAAAUGCUAUAAAAUUGAACGGAAUAACUCUGGAGCACACUUGCGAAACAUAUCAUUGAGCGGGCAGGGUAGGGUUCAAGUCAACAAAUCAACAUGAUCAAGGGCAUUCUGAUACAGCGCAAGAGCCAGGAGGAUGCCAGCUACACCAAGCAGCUCAAGAUGGAGCACGCCGAUCUGGUGGCCGAGAUGCAGACCGUGGAGAGCCUGCCCACCCACGAGCGACUCCAACUGGCCAGACUACGUCGUGCGCAGCAGCUGAAGCUGUCCCGCCAGAAGGACAAGGAGUGGGCCAAGUUGCAGCGGGCGAAGGGCAACACUUCCAGCGGCGGCAGCGGAACCGGUUCGCUGGGCAAUGGGCUGAUGAACGGCAACGGAGAUACCACGCACCACUUCCGGCACGCCAAUGGAUCGGGCACGUUGAGCGGCAGGCGGCACAUAUCCUUCGAGAACAGCGUGGUGCUCCUGGAGGCCGCAUCCCGGAACGACAUGCCCGAGGUGGCCGCCCUGCUGCAGCACGGAAUCACGCCGGAUGCCGCAAACGAGGACGGACUGACGGCGAUGCAUCAGGCGUGCAUCGAUAACAACGUCGAGAUGCUGCAGCUGCUGCUGGAGUACGGUGCGAAUGUGGAUGCGCAGGACAGUGAUAAGUGGACGCCCCUUCAUGCGGCUGCCACCUGCGGCCACCUCGAGCUCGUACGCAUCCUCAUCCGGCACGGCGCCAAUCUGCUGGCGGUCAACACCGACGGCAACAUGCCCUACGACCUGUGCGACGACGAGAACACCUUGGACUUCAUCGAGGGCGAGAUGGCUCAACGGGGAGUGACCCAGGAGCUCAUCGACGAGACGCGCUCCUCCACGGAGCGGAUUAUGCUGCGCGAUCUAAUGGAGUUGGCCCGCACAGGAGGGGAUUUGGAGGAGCCGGACUAUCAGUGUGCAACGCCGCUUCACAUAGCUGCUGCGAACGGAUACGUCCGCGUCGUGGAGUUUUUGUUGGAGCAGCAUGUCAACGUGGAUGCCAUGGACAAGGAUCUUUGGACUCCGGUGCAUGCCGCCGCUUGUUGGGGUCAUCUGGAGGUGCUGGAGAUGCUGGCCCAGUGUGGUGCUGAUCUGAAUGUUCGCAACAAGGACGACGAGACUCCUUCAGACAUCUGUGAAGAUCCCGAGAUCAGGGAGCGAAUCGAGCAGCUGAAGACGGAGCAGGAGAGCAAACGACUGGCCGAGGCGCAGCGACGACGCGUUCGACGCUCACAGAGCAACAACACAAGAGCCCAAUCAGUGCGACGCACUAGUUUGCGAGACAAAACGCUGACAACCAAAAAGGAUGCCGUCGAGGAGACGCGGUUGCGUCUGCAGGCGCAGGAGGCGACGGACUCGGAGGCUCCCUCAUCGGGAGGCGAUCCGCUGACCAAUGGCUAUGGUUACGGAAACAACAACGGAGAGAAGCGUCCCUCGACGGGCAGUUCGAAUGGCCAACCACUGCCGCACUCCAAGUCCGCCGAUGCGCUGGAUAAUGCCACCGCCGCAUUGUCGGCCAACGCCACACAUUCCUAUCCGUCGCGCCGUCCACCGGAUGGCCGGGAAAACGAUGAACUGCUCCGCCUGAAAGCCGCAGGUGCCGCGGGAGAGAUGCAGCGAGCCACCUCGGCGGCAGCCGUCAUCCUCACCGAGAAGGGUACGGCGGCCAGUGCCGAGGCCGUUCAGAUCCAGUCGUCGAAGGAGGCUGCCAACGGCAAGAUCAAUGUCCAGGUCACCGUCCUCGUGGACACCAAUAGCACGCACCACCAUCAGCAACAUCAACAGCAGCAGCAACACCACCACCAGCAACACGUAUUGCUGUUGCAGCAACACCAGCAGCUUCAGCAGCAGCAGCAGCAACAACAGCAGCAGCAGCAUGUUGCCUUGGAUGGCUACAGCGCCACAUUGGCCAACUUGAAGAAGCAACGCUCGCUUUCACGCACCGCCAAUGUCCUCAAUACUUUCGAAUUGUCAUCCCAAACAGCUAGCAAUGCCCAUCCAAUUGCAGCAGCUAGUGCCACAACAACUAAUGGUUCUGUUUUAGGAGCCGGCGGCAGCAGCAGCAACAACAACAACAACUUGAGCACCAGCAACAACAACAACAACGGAUCCGCACCGAUCUCGACGCAGCCGACAUUGGGUCACAUGGGCGCGGGAAGCGUGCUAUCAGACUUCGAGGGCUCCUCACCGGCGGGCAGUUCGCUGAACAAGUUCAGCGGCAUCACUGGCGACGUGGUCACCGACAGCACCAGUUCCAGUCGCAGGUGUUGCGUCCUGAUGUAGAAGCUAGAGCAGCUAACUUAGCUAACUACUAGAGUCACAGGGUAUUAGAGCAGCCAGAAUUGUCAGAGGGAUGAUAGGCCAUUCGUUAAAUGGCAAGAAAAAAGUGUCUUUUUAUUAGAUUAGCCGUAUUCAGUGAGUGAAUUGUUGAAUGUUGAUUACACAAAUGCAUGUUGGUUUUGAGAACGGGGUUCGAUUCUGUGAGCUCCUAGAAAACGGCUGAAAGUCGUUGCAUUUUCCUAGCAGACACAACAACACACUAAAGACACACAACCAAUUAUACGAAACAAAUUUAUACAAAUAUACAACCAUAUGUAUACAUUUUAAAUAAUAUUAAAAGAAUUACAUAUAAAAUAAUUGUGAGCAGUUUACCUUAGGCGAUAUAUAACAACUAACUAAAUCAAAAAUGGAAAAACAUCAAAAAAUAUUUAUAUAGCAAUGCUAAGUAAGAACCUAACUUAAUAGAUUUGCUUGGAGUGCAUUAGGAAUAUAUGUUUUUCCGCGUGUGUGUGUUAGAACCGAAACAGGCAAAGUAUUAUGCGACAAGUAAAUAUUUAACUAAAUAUAUAGUACGAUAGCGAAAUUGUAGUUAAACCGUGACAGCAAAGUAAAGCAAAGCAAUGAAACGAAAUGCAUAGCACUCAAGCAAUUUCCCAUUUAAGUGUCUAAAUGUUUGAAUUGGAGGAAUGUUAAUGCCAGGCGGCAUAGAGAUUUAUUUUUUAAUGCAACUACUUUGCUCUGCGUUAUGUAAGUUGAGUUUUGUUGAGAGGUACAAGAAUAUAUGUAUUAUUUAUGUAGCAGCGGUCUUUGUAUAUAAACCUACACAAUUCCAAAAGAUGCAAAAACAACGCGCAAUUAGCAAAUGAGACUUUUUCGAUGAAUGUCAAGGCAUUAGCUGAACGUUUUGUAAAAUAAACAAAUGAAAUACGAAAAAA